AGUUCAGAGCCCCUUCAACAAAGUUCGCAUCAAAUCGCAUUACCAUGCAUGCUCUCCUUAAUUCGGGACCUGCGCUAGAGACAGUUAUUGGCUGCGACGAUCUUCGCUGUGAUUUACGAUCGUCUAAAGAUUCUGCAAUCAGUAAGUAGACUGCUCACCGAUGGACUGGCAGCACGUCUGGACAGCGACUCGUGUUUCUGCUUUCGCAGUGCUAUGGCUUAUGGCACAACACGUAGUUUGUUGGCGACUUGGUCAAUGCGGUUAUUUUUCCUGGAACUGGAUAUCGAUCGAUGUGAGGAGUCCAGAUUUGUGCCGUGGCAUUCGAUAUUGCCAAAGUCUGCAUUAUCUGCAUAACGGCUGUAGCAGUCGAGACGGGACCAUUACUAACAGUGGGCGCGUCCAAGGCCUCGGACUCACCACGACUGACAUUAUUAUUUGACCCAGUUGAUGCACCCUUGACGCGUGGAG